AUGAAACUGAAUGGCUACUAUGGUGCCUUCAAAAAAGUAAUUGAGCAUUUUGGAAGGCUGGAUAUUGUGGUUAAUAAUGCUGGAGUGAACAAUGAGAAGGACUGGGAAAGCACUAUACAAAUUAACUUGACAUCUGUGAUCAGAGGAACCUAUCUCGGCCUAGAAUACAUGAGAAAAGGAAAUGGAGGUGACGGAGGAGUAAUUAUUAAUAUCUCAUCUUUGGCAGGACUCAUGCCUGCUGCAUUCCAACCUGUGUACUGUGCUACAAAGCAUGGUGUAAUUGGAUUCACACGGUCAAUAGCAUUAGCUGCUAAUAUGGAAAACUACGGUGUGAGACUCAACACAAUUUGUCCAGGAUUUGUCAACACACCGAUUCUUCAGUCAAUAGACAAAGAAGAGAAUAUGGGACAAUAUUAUUCAUAUAAGGAUGAGAUCAAAAAUAUGAUGCAGUUCUAUGGCGUGAUGGACCCAUCAUUAAUUGCCGAGGGACUGAUAACAAUAAUUGAAGAUGAUACUCUAAAUGGAGAAGUUAUGAAGAUUACAGCAUCCCAAGGGAUUCAUUUUCAACAAUACAGCCAAACACCUUUUACAUCAUCAAAAAGAUAA